GCGAACGUCGACAUUGUUUGCCCUGGGAGACAUUUGUGGCAGAAAUGCGAGGAAAUUACUCUCGAAGACCUGCUUGCUCAGCAUCGACUGUGUUGGUCCAAUUUGAAGCCUGAGAUCGCGAAUGGAGGAAGAUUCUAAUGUUUUUCUUCUUCGUAGUCCGCAGUGAGAGACAUAGGUGUUCAGAGCAUCGGCAAUCGUACCAAACCUUGUGAAUUUUCGAUAUUAGGAGGUAUUAUACUUGACGAGUAGAAGGAGCCAUUCGCAAACUUGCUCGUGCGAAAAUAGACAAUCUUCAUCACUUCUGACCAGGAGAUUCCGUGGUGUUGUUGUUGAAGAACACCGAGGAGGAGCCUGAUGGGCGGGGUCAUGAAGCCCAUGGGUAACUGUGCCGAAAGUGAACUGAAGUUUGAUAAUGCAGCAUGCGACUUGCAGUUGAGUGGCAUUGGAUUUGAAGAAUUGCCCGAGUCCUGUAUAGCACAUGUCCUCUGCUUCCUUUCUCCCAGAGACAUAGCCAUAUCGGCUUGCACUAAUCGCACGUUCCGAGGUGCAUCUCUUUCGGAUGUUGUCUGGCAAGCCAAGUUGCCGAGAGAUUAUACUGAAGUUCUUGCAAAGGCAAAGGACGGCGCACGCGCCUUCGAUACUAAGAAACAAAUCUUCGAUUAUCUCUGCAGCAAUGUCCCUCUUCGUGGUCACGAGUUCUAUUGGCUAUCGAGAUCGCGUGCAGUAGUUUAUCGAAGUCAAGGCGCUGAAGCCCUAGAUGUCGUAUGGGGUUCUGAUCGGAGAUACUGGCAUUGGCGUAAUCGACGUGGUUCCAGCUACGACAAAUCGGCGUAUCUCAAACAAGUCUGCUGGUUGCAUGUUAAGGGGAGCAUGGAGUGUUCCCUACCAGUCGGCAGGUACACUCUCUCAUGGAGGUUUGCGUUGGAGCAGAGUGUGUGGGGGUUUGCCUUGCCGAUUGAGUUAGCGAUGUCAGUCAAUGAUCACGAGACUGUUCAUAAAUUGGUUUUUUUGAAAAAUGGCCAAUCCUCAUCAGAAGCUGAGGAUCCAUCCGGUGACGAAUAUGUAGAAGAAGUAGACACUGCCUGGAAGAAGUUAUAUGUUGGAGAUUUCUCUGUAGAAGAGGGAGAAAAAGACUCCGGACUAGGUCGAGUUAAACUGCAAUACAGUCUUGUCGAAACUAGAGGGGGUAAUUGGAAAAGCGGUUUGUGGUUGGAUGGUGUUGUGAUUAUGCCGAAGUAGCAAGGAAGGAUUGGUUGCGUUCUGCCGUAGCUACUGGGAGUGGAAUAGAUAGAACAAGGAAUGGAUGGAUGACUUCGUUGGCAUGCCCAAGCAACCAGGAAUAGAAUAGAUAACUUAUGAAGUGCCUUGACCUUUAUCUUAAAGCAAUUGGCAAACUACCACAAAAUUGCACAUUAGUCCUAGUGCGUUUUUGCGAGCCAUGUGUAGAUAUUGUUACAGAGAAAGUACAUAGUACAUGUAAGUGGAUUCAUGUAGGGGCAACCCUUAGAGAGGUAGUUGCGAAGAAAUAGAACAGGUUUAGCAAUUAUAACUGAGAUUGUACUUUGUUCGCAUGGGCUCUGAGUUUAGGUUUGGUGGACCUAAGUAAAUAUUCAGAGAUGCAGUGACAUCUAUAGACGUGUCUUGUAAUAGUGAAGUUAAAAUUAUAUUAUUGAUAAUAUUCA